GGCUAUUGAUUGUCCUGGUGACCUUCCUCUUGAAAUGACUUUGAAACUUUCUAUUUCUAUCACACUCUUGAAUCCUGGGACCAUUGAUUAAUGGGCAUGAUCCCCUUCCAUUCAUACCAAUAUAAAUUUGUUACCAAGAAGCUUCAUGGAAAUGGGAGUACUCUAAGGAAUUUUCCUUGAAAAUGUUAAUACUAUAACUAAGAUCUUUUUUCAUCCAAAAACCAAAACACACGCUAAUAACUCAUUAGUCCAGACUAUGACCUUUGUCCCUACUAUAAUUUCCAAAACAUUUCCUAAAAAUUUUAGUACUAUAACUAACCUUCUUAUAUAAGUGGUCACAUUCACAAAGCCUAACUGGUUAUUCUCUCAAUGCUUAAAAACUAAAAAGGUUUUUAAUUCAACCCCAAGAAUAUGGAUCAAGAGUUUUUUAAUGCAAUUAAGAAUAAUGACAUUUCCACAUUUUCAAGCAUAGUGAAAGUAAGAGAAGGAAUUCUCAACCAGAGAACUGAUGAUACCUUCAACACUCCAUUACACCUAGCUUCCAAGUAUGGUUGCAUUGAAAUGGUGUCUGAGAUUGUUAGAUUAUGCCCUGACAUGGUUUCUGCUGAGAAUGAAAACAUGGAGACUCCAAUUCAUGAGGCUUGCAGACAAGAGAAUGUUAAGGUCUUAAUGUUGCUUUUAGAAGUCAAUCCCACAGCUGCUUGCAAGCUUAAUCCUACUUGUAAAAGUGCUUUUUUUGUGGCUUGUAGCCAUGGUCAUCUUGACUUGGUAAACCUCUUGUUGAAUCUAUCUGAGAUUGUUGAGCCAGGAUUGGCAGGGUUUGAUCAAGCCUGUUUUCAUAUUGCUGCAUCAAGAGGCCACACAGAUAUUGUUAGAGAGUUGUUGAACAGGUGGCCAGAUCUUUCUCAAGUGAUCGACGAGAAUGGGAAUUCGGCAUUGCAUCAUGCUUGUAAUAAAGGACACAGAGAGACUGUAUGGAUCCUACUAAAACGCGAUUCAAAUGUUGCUUUACAAUACAACAACAAUGGUUAUACACCAUUGCACCUUGCAGUAAUGAACGGAAAAGUCUCGAUCCUCGAUGAUUUUGUGUCAGGAAGUGCUGCAUCAUUUCAUUAUCUAACAAGAGAAGAAGAGACGGUAUUUCAUUUAGCCGUGAGAUAUGGAUGCUAUGAUGCUUUGGUUUUCUUGGUGCAAGUUUCCAAUGGUACAAACCUAUUGCACUGCCAAGAUAGAUAUGGCAACAGUGUCUUACAUCUUGCAGUUUCAGGCGGUCGCCAUAAGAUGACAGAUUUCUUGAUCAACAAGACAAAGCUGGAUAUUAAUACUAGGAAUAGUGAAGGGAUGACAGCACUUGACAUUCUUGAUCAGGCUAUGGACAGCGUAGAAAGUAGGCAACUACAAGCCAUAUUUAUCAGAGCUGGUGGUAAAAGAAGCAUCCAAUCUUCCUCAUUUUCACUUGAACUAGAUAAGAACAAUUCUCCCUCACCAGCAUAUAGACUUUCUCCAUCGCGAAGGUAUAUCCCUAAUGAAAUGGAAGUGCUAACUGAAAUGGUUUCUUAUGAUUGUAUAAGCCCUCCACCAGUUAGCAAAAGCUCCGAUUCAAGAUCGCCUCAGCCUCAAGCAAGUGAGAGAUUUGAGAAUGGAACCUAUAAUCCGUACUACGUUUCACCAACAAAUUUAGUGAAACAAAAGCAUCAUCAUAACAAAGGAAAAAUUGAAAAUGUGAAUCAUACUAAGAGGAAACACUAUCAUGAGAUGCACCAAGAGGCAUUACUAAAUGCAAGAAACACUAUUGUGUUAGUGGCUGUUUUAAUUGCCACCGUAACUUUUGCUGCUGGUAUUAGUCCACCUGGUGGUGUGUACCAAGAAGGACCAAUGAGAGGCAAAUCAAUGGUUGGUAGAACAUCAGCUUUUAAGGUAUUUGCGAUAAGCAAUAACAUAGCCCUCUUCACCUCUUUAUCUGUAGUUAUUGUUCUUGUUAGUAUCGUUCCAUUUAGAAGAAAACCACAAACAUUAUUGUUGAUCAUUGCUCACAAGGUUAUGUGGGUAGCUGUGGCCUUCAUGGCAACUGGCUAUGUUGCAGCCACAUGGGUGAUUUUGCCACAUAAUCAAGGGAUGCAGUGGCUAUCUGUUUUGCUACUAGCACUUGGUGGUGGCUCCCUAGGCACAAUAUUCAUUGGUCUUAGUGUGAUGCUAGUUGAACACAGCCUUAGGAAAUCCAAGUGGAGAAAGAAAAGAAAGGAAAUUGGGGAUGGAGCUGCUGAAUCAGAUAAGGAAAGUGAAAAUUCAGAUUUUCAAAGCUCUUAUCUACAGGGUUACCAUUCAUAUUGAUUAUUUUUUUGGCUCCUAAAUUGAAAAUAUUAAGUGCUGUGUAAAAAACUUGUACAUUAAUAUCAAUGUUAGUUAUGUAUAUUCCAAAAUAUUUCCUAAAACUAUUUCACAAACCAGAAUCAGAACGAAGAAAUUCUAGCAUGCUAUACACACUACUCUAAACCACUAACUGCAUAUCUUAUAUCGCGAUAUUUACCAAAUUAAUUUUAUCUUGUCCAUUUUUAAGCAUUCAAAAUUUGUUUUAAUUGAAGGCACUUCAG